GUUCUGAUGGUGGAUGAGGUUCAGCAAGCGGUGACGUCAGUAGGGUACCUGAUGAUGACAUGGUUGGACAAAGAUCUCAGAUGGAACAAGACGGAAUAUGGAGGAGUAGAAAUGUUAAGCAUACCAUAUAAUGAACUCUGGCACCCGGCGCUAACAGUGUCCAACGGGGUACAUCCCGAGUACUUGAUGAUUGACAACACGCAGACCAUGCUUCUCUUCUCCAGCGGACUGUUGCUGUAUACGUCUCCGGUCUAUUUGAUGACAACAUGCAACAUGGAUCUGAUUUACUAUCCGUUUGAUACCCAAACAUGUAGUAUCAUUUUUCUGACUACCUUCGAUGACGUCAAGUACAACGUGUCUGCCUCACAGUUGGGGGACAUGGAAGACCGCUACUCUGUGACCGGAGAAUGGACCAUCGCCUCCAAGAGCAUGCACAGUGUCAGCAUAGACGGACAGCUUGGAGCUAACAUUAUCAGCUUCACAAUGAAGAUAGAACGGCGGCCACUAUUCUACGUGUUGUGUGUUUUAGCGCCAAUGAUUCUGACUGCACUAGUGACUUCUGUCGUUUUCUGGAUCCCGCCAAGUUCUGGGGAAAAGAUCUCUUUCUUGGUCACCGUGUUUGUCUCUGAAGCUGUGUUUCUCAACUUCAUUGCGGGUACCAUGCCCAGGAACAUGUCUAGUUUGCCCAGACUGCCUCUCUUUCUGGUGCUGAUUAACGUCCAGGGCGUGUUUGCAAUGAUGGCAACUAUCUUCGUCAUGCGAAAGUAUGAACAAGAACAGAAGAUCCUACCACAAGGUCAACGAGGUGUUGGCGCUGAUAGCACCCAGAUCUUCUCCCAUGGAGAAGAAGCUGCUCCAACCACUCAACCAUCCAAGGAUUCUUUUGAAAAUAGACAAUCUAAAGAUGCCCACUCUGCGUAUACUUUUCAGAAGAAAUCAUUUCCGAAUGUUAGAGUUUCACCGUCGGAGACAAAAGCUUGUAAUGAAGCAAAAACACAUCACAGAGUGCAAGCAACCGCCCCUAGUUGCUCUCUGAGGUCCGCAACAUGGGAUAACAUUUUCUUCUGCGUGUUUCAUACAAUCGGUGUCCCUUGUUACUAUCUUCUCUUCAAAUCUUAA